AUGGAUUACCAAAACCGAGCAGGUUCCAAAUUCGGCGGCGGAGGCGUAGCCUCCCACUCUGCCACAAACGCCGACCGUCGCGAACGCCUCCGCAAACUCGCCCUCGAAACCAUCGAUCUUGACAAAGAUCCCUACUUCUUCAAAAACCACGUCGGCAGUUUCGAGUGCCGCUUGUGCCUGACAGUCCACCAGAAUGAUGGCUCCUACCUUGCCCACACACAGGGCCGCAAGCAUCAAACGAACCUGGCCCGCCGCGCGGCGCGUGAGCAGCGCGAGGGCAAGAAUCAGGACCCUUCGUCGUUACCGGGGGCCAUGGGAGUGCAGGUGAAGAAGCAGACGAUUAAGAUUGGGCGGCCAGGGUAUAAGAUUACGAAGGUGCAGGACCCGUUGACGAGGCAGGUUGGGCUGUUGUUUCAAUUGCAGUAUCAGGAGAUUACGCCCGGGGUUGCGCCGAGGGUAAGGUUUAUGUCUGCGUUUGAGCAAAAGGUUGAGGACCCGCCGGAUAAGAACUUCCAGUAUUUGGUUGUGGCUGCGGAGCCGUAUCAAACUUGUGGGUUUAAAUUACAGGCGAGGGAGAUUGAUCGCAGGGAUGGGAGGUUUUGGACUUGGUUUGAUGAGGAUAGUAAGGAGUUUUGGGUCCAGAUUAUGUUCAAGACGGAGCGUGAGGAGAGGUUCAGUGGUGUUCCUGGUCUGGCACCCAUGGGACGGACCUAG